UUUUACAUGAUUAAAUCUCUAAAAUUCGUAAAUUUCUAACAAAAUUUCUCACUUUAAUAUUAUUUUCGAUCAAUUCCUUCAAUUUAGUAUCCAAAAAUUGGAGCGCAAUUCAAGUAUUAGAAGCAGCUCGAUUUUCUGGUGGAGACUGGAGAAUUGCUUGAUUUGAAAGUUGAAUUUCGAAGCUCGCUCCCUAAGUCUCCAUUAUUAUUGGAGGGAGAAGAAGCUAAGGGGGUGAAUGGGGGAAGCCGCUCAAUAUUUUUCCAAAGACUUCGAUUGGGAGGAUCUUCGAACCCGGGUCGAGAAUGACCCGUUUUUGCGACACCAUUUGCUUCCCUUUGAGCCCUCCGAUCGCUCUCCUUCUGUUUCCGCCGAAGCCGAUUCAGACGCCUGGAAGCGCUUUCACCUUCGCCACUCCUCUGGCAAGUUCUUCAAGGAAAGGCGAUAUUUGUUGAAGGAAUUCCCUGAAUUGGUUUCCUGUAAGAAGUGUUCCAAACUCUUGGAGGUGGGUUGCGGUAAUGGAAGCACUGCUCUUCCAAUCUUGCGUGGGAACGAGAACAUUGUUGUCUAUGCUUGCGAUUGUAGCACGGAAACUCUUGACAGAGCAAAAGAGAUUUUGAAUUGUACUGGUAUUGCAUCUGUAAAUGAUCGAUUCCAUCCAUUCUGCUGUGAUUUUUCUAUUAGUAAGUUUCCAACAUUGUUGGCCUGCAAUUCGUGCCGCGAAAACACUUUGAAACUGCAGCCGAGUUGUACUACUCCAGGAUCUCAAGCCACCGAUUCAUUUGCAUUAGCAGAAAGUGGAUGUUGCAUUGGUGGGUUUGAUUUUCUUACGCUGAUAUUUACAUUAUCAGCAGUGCCUCUCCAGAGGAUGCCAGCAUCAAUCAGAGAAUGCUUUAUGGUUUUGAAGCCCGGAGGCCUGCUCUUUUUUCGGGAUUAUGGUCUGUAUGAUAUGACUAUGCUUCGAUUCAGGCCAGAUCAAAGAGUGGGAUUCAGGGAGUAUGUUAGAUUAGAUGGAACACGUUCUUAUUUCUUCUGCUUAAAUACAUUGAGAGAUUUGUUCGUCACUGCAGGCUUUAUUGAGCUCGAGCUGGAAUAUUGUUGUGUGAGGUCCUCGAAUCGUCGAAAUGGAAAGAGCAUGGAGCGGGUGUGGGUUCAUGGAAAAUUUCAGAAGCCUGUCUCAUGAAUCAUGUGAUAUAAAGGCACAGAGCAGAGCAUUUCAGAGGAAUUUUUUCAAGCCCUUCUGGUAACUGUUCUGCUGUCCUGUGAUGUUUGGAGUUCUUGGGAAGUGAUUGUGAAAUUUCAUAGAUAUAUAUAGCAGCCAGCAGUUGAAAGAGAAUGAGUGAUGAGGAUGGGUGAUGUAACCCUUGGGUGACCCUAGUAGCAACUAGCAAGGGGAUGUUUGGAGAUACCCUCCAAGGUUUUGGGUUUAAGCCCAUAGGUGAAAACUUGAUAUUUUAGAACUCUUGUUAUCUUUAAGACCGGUGGGUGAAGUAUCCUUGGAAUUAAUGAGUGGGCCACGGGCACGAUGCUAGAGGUAGACCUCAAUAUGUGGAGGUAGAGAUUCGAACCUCUGAUCUCUUGACUAAGGAUAUAUACUUAAUUAGUUGA